UGAAACAAUAAAGGUACCAAGAAACAGAAAGAGUUGCCACAAAUAUUACACUGGUGACAGUUUGCUGUUUGCUUAGAAUUCUGUGCUGCACUCCUAAGCUCUGAUUGUGUGCUUAAGGUAGAUCCUGAAAUGCCAAGAGAAGAUCAGAGAAAUGCCAGCAUGUGCCAACAAAUUAAAGUACUCUUAUUAAAAAACAUAAUUGUGAAAUGGAGGAUGAAAACACAAAGUUUCCAGGAAUGGUUUUCAUCACUUCUUCUUCUUCUUAAUCUAAUAAUUUUGCCAUUCAUGAUCAUUUUGUGGGAGUCACUUGUUGAAAUACCUCUGGGUGAUCUUGGACAACUAGAUGAUCUCGCCUUCAAUUUUUCUGAACUUAAAAUUGCUUAUACUCCAGAAACAAAAACAGCAAGAGCGAUAAUGGAGAAAGUGGAAAAUGUCUCUGUCCUUAAAGGUAUAAGAACAGAACCCAUGGAAGAUGAAAAAGCAAUAGAAGAAGCAUACAAGAAUGAAGGCAACAUCAUUGGUGUUAUAUUUCAGGAUAACUUUUCAUAUCGACUCCGAUUUCGUCUAGGAAAUGUACCUUCUCCAAAUGACUACAUUUCAAGCUCAGAAUAUUGUUACAACUACUCAUCCAGUGAAUGCUCUAUUCCAAGUUAUUGGUUCAGAGGAUUUCUGUCAUUGCAGACUAGCAUUGAUGCUGCUCUUAUAGAACUGACCACUGGUCAUUCUGUAUGGGACGAAAUGAAGUCAAUUCGUGGAAUCCGUAUGAGGUCAUCUUCGGUUGCACAACAAAGUAGCAUUGAAUACAUUUUUGUCAUUCUGGUUUUACCUAUGUGCUUUUCUCCAUUUAUAUACUUCUUGUCACAAAAUGUUUCAAGAGAAAAAAGGAAGCUGAAGGAACUGAUGAAGAUGAUGGGAGUGAGAGAUAUGGCAUUCUGGCUUUCCUGGAGUUUACUGUAUGCAGUGUACAUACUGAUCCUAUGCAGUUUGGCAACGCCUAUUAUCAAAUAUUUAAUUCUACCAGAAGCCAGCUUCUUUGCCCUAUAUCUCCUGUUGUUCCUUUAUGGCAUAGCAUCUAUCCAUUUCUGUUUCAUGUUCAGUUCUCUCCUAAAGAAGGCGAAAGCCACCAGCUCUAUCGUAUUUGUCCUGACUUUCUUUUUCACAUCCAUCAGUGUUAUCACAUUGAUAGCUAGGAUUCCUGCUCCUUUGGAAUGGAUUCUGAACCUCUUCUGCCCUUUUGCUUUUGGUGCUGAAAUUUCAAAGGUUAGCCUGCUUCAAAAAUAUGGAAAACACUUACAGUUGACUGAUAUUGUGGAGCACUCAUCUUUUUAUAGCCUGAUUAUUGACAGUGUUUUAUAUAUGCUGCUGGCUCUCUAUUUUGACAAAAUCAUUCCUGACAAAUAUGGAGUGCCUUAUCCCCCAUUAUUUUUCCUAAAGAAGUCCUACUGGUUUAAAUCGAGAAGCAGCUAUCAUUAUGAACAAAGCCAUAGCAAUAUCUUCAGUGAUAAUAUUGAAGCCGUAGCUCCUGAAUUUGAUGCAAAGGGGUCCAUCAGAAUCAAUAAUAUUAAAAAAACUUAUGAAGCAAAGAGCAUGAAAACAGAAGCUUUGAGAGGCUUGUCUUUCAAUAUUUAUGAAGGCCAGAUCACUGCUAUUCUUGGUCAUAGUGGCGCUGGAAAAACAACAUUGCUAAAUAUUCUCAGUGGGCUUUCCAGUCCAUCUGCUGGUUCUGCCAACAUAUUUAAGUACAAUAUAACCAAAAGGGAAGAUAUGGAGGAAAUUAGGAAGAUUAGUGCUGUUUGUCCACAAUUUAAUGUUCAAUUUGAAUAUUUGACGGUGAAAGAAAAUUUGAAGACGUUUGCAAAACUAAAAGGAGUUCCAUCCAUUGAUAUAGAAAAUGAGGUGCAAAAAUUACUGACCCUGUUAGAUAUGAAUGCCAUUCAAGACUCCAGAGCUUACUGUUUAAGUGGAGGCCAGAAACGAAAAUUAUCUCUUGGAAUUACUUUGUUAGGAGAUCCACAGGUCUUGUUACUAGAUGAGCCAACUACAGGACUGGAUCCUUACUCUAGACAACUUGUGUGGGCCCUACUGAAUGAGCGCAAAGCAGGUCGCUUAAUUCUGUUCACUACACAGUUCAUGGAUGAAGCUGAUAUUCUUGCUGACCGAAAAGCUUUCAUCUCACAUGGCAGGCUGAAAUGCAUUGGUUCAUCAUUAUUCCUGAAGAAAAAAUGGGGUAUUGGCUAUCACUUAAGGAUACAAGUAAAUGAGUUUUGUGAUGCUGAGAAAAUGACAUCUCUUGUCAAGCAAUACAUUCCUGCUGCCAAAUUAUCAGGACAACGUGAAAGUGAGCUGAGUUAUACACUGCCCUUGGAAAACGUGGAUAAAUUUCCGGCUCUGUUCUGUGACAUGGACCAUGAAACCGACCUGGGGAUUGUUAAUUAUGGGGUUACUAUGACAACAUUGGAAGAUGUCUUCUUGAAACUGGAGGAUAAUGAAACACUUGAAGAAGAUUAUGGAGUUCUUCAUAGAGAGCAGGAGGAAGAAGGAAGAUAUGGUGCUGAUGAAACAGAACAAAACCUGCUAUUGCUCUCUGAUUCAGGAAUAUCUACAGUACGUGGCACAGAGCUCUGGAGACAACAAGUAUGUGCCAUAGCAAGAAUGCAUUUCUUACAGCUCAAGCGUGAGAGCAAAUUUUGGAGGACCGUGUUUCUACUUUCUGGCAUUAUACUCAUUCCUGUUCUUGUACAAUUUUUGGCAUUUACUUUGUGGAAGGACCUACAUAAUAUGGAAAUACAUCCUCGCCUUUAUUUUGAGCCAGGAACUACAUUUGAUACUGGAUUCUCUGGGCUUCUGAUCCUUAAUGAUACAGGUGCAAGUAUUGACAACUUUAUCCAUGCUGUGAAGAGUCAGAAUGUUUUUGCAGAAACAGCCACUGGUAAUGUCAGUGACCAACUAAUACAUAAUGGAGCUAUAAAAGUGACCCAGGAAAAGGAGAAAUACAGAUACACACUCAUGUGUCACCUGGAAGUUGUGAACUGCUUUCCGGUGCUCGUCAACAUCGUGAGCAAUGCAUUUUUGCAAAUGCUUAAUUCUACUUCACAUAUCCAGAUUUGGAAUCAUGUACUUUUUAAUCCUCAACAUGUUUAUGUGUGGCUUUUCUUUAUGAACUUACUGGGAGUUAUGUUUUUAUUUCCUGCUUUUGCGCCACACUUUGCAAUGAACAGCGUUCAUGACUACAAGUUAAAAAUUCACUCCCAGCUACGAGUCUCGGGACUUGUUCCUUCAGCAUAUUGGUGUGGACAAGCUCUAGUGGACUUUCCUCUGCACUGGAUUUUACUUUUUUUAGUGUUUGGAGGACUGUUGGUUCAGCUUAUAAUCACUGACUCCAUAAAUCACAAAUUCAUCUUAAUGUUUUGCUCUGUGGUAUUUCUUUUUAACUAUGGAAUCUCAGUUGUCUUGUUGCUGUAUGUAGUUGCGUUCAUAUUUCGCAAAGGACAAUAUAAGAGCAGUUUUUGGUCUUUCACCUUAAUCUUGGUGGUCAUUGCCAGUGCCUUCAUAUAUCAUAUUACAGAGCUUUUUAUGCCUCAUGUGAUAGUUUUUUUUAUUCCUACAUUACCAGCAUUAACCUUCACUUCCAGCUUUAUAGGGUUGCUGACCAGGAUGGCAGUUUCAGAUGUCCUACAAACAGAACUCUUGAAAUCUUCAUUUGCGCCUUUAUUUCAAAGCAUAGUUCUCAUCUUUUUAUUGCGCUUCCUGGAGAUGAAAUAUGGCAACCCAAUUAUGAGAAGAGAUCCUGUCUUUAGGAUUUCUCCACAGAAAAAGGACAUUCAUAAGAAUCCUGAAGAACCUAGUGAAGAUGAUGACAGAGAUGUUCAAAAUGAAAGAUCGAGAGUUCAAAAUGAACUGGCUUCAGCAGAUCACGAAGAGAAACCAGUUAUCAUUGCCCACAACCUGCGCAAGGAAUACAGAAGCAGAAAGUCUUGCUUCUGUUGCAAGAAGAACGAGAAAAAGAAAGUAGCUACCAGAAAUGUCUCUUUUUGUGUUAAAAAAGGAGAAGUGUGGGGGCUACUGGGGCCCAAUGGAGCUGGUAAAAGUACAACAAUUAGUAUGAUUACAGGAGAUACAGAACUGACUGCUGGACAGGUGCUGAUAAAAAAGACCAGUACAGUUACAUCACUUGCACCAGAAGAAAACACUACAGGUUUUCUUGGCUACUGUUCUCAGGAGAAUGCCCUUUGGUCCAACUUGAGCGUGAGAGAACAUCUUGAGAUUUAUGCAGCUGUGAAAGGGAUAAGGAAAGAUUCUGCUGCAAUUGCCAUUAAUAGAAUUGUGCAAGCUCUUGGACUCCAAGAACACAUGAAAAAGGCAAGCAAGACACUGCCUGCUGGAUUAUGUAGGAAAUUAUGCUUUGCUAUGAGUGUGCUGGGUAAUCCAACUGUGAUGCUACUAGAUGAACCAACAGCAGGACUGGAUCCCACAGGAAAACGUCAAGUGUGGAAAGUCAUUUAUGCUUUGCUAAAGGGCAAAGACCAAGGAGCCAUUUUGACAACUCACAAUAUGGAAGAAGCUGAGGCAAUGUGUGACCGAGUAGCUAUCAUGGUGUCUGGACUGCUCAGGUGCCUUGGCUCUAUUCAGUAUCUGAAAAGCAAAUUUGGGAAAAAUUAUUUGCUGCAAAUAAAAGUAAAGAGCAUAGAGCAAGGUGAGCUUGUGAAUGCUGAGAUUCUACAGAUCUUCCCACGUGCAGCUCGCCAGGAAAGGAUAUCCACUUUGUUGGUCUACAAAAUACCAAUGGAGGAUGCACUGCCUCUGUCAAAAGCCUUCUCCAUGCUAGAAAAAGCUAAAAGAACCUUCAGCCUGGAGGAGUACAGCUUUUCUCUGAACACUUUGGAACAGGUUUUCCUAGAACUUUGCAAGGAACAAGAACGAGACUAUUUUGAUGCAGCUUUGGAUUCAAAUUUUGAAUGGAAACAACUGCAGCAGGAUGAUUUCUAAGCCACUGGGGGCCUAAUCCAAAGACUUACUUGGCUGAUCCCUUGAGGAUGUAAAGGAGGUGGGAACAGCACGAAGUGUCUCUGCCUCAUUUGUUAUGUACAACCAUUUGAAACAAAUAGUCAUGCACCGGUAGUUAGAACCUGCUUAUAUAUUGUUUAUAUCAAUAUUGCAAAGCCUGACCACUAAAUUCUUUCCAUAUAUUUUUGUAUUUACUCAAAUGGUAGGGUCACAUGCCUAUAGAAUGGAGCCCUCAUGAAGAAAAGAACCUGAAGUUUAUACAUCUCUCUGUAUGACUGUGUGACUAAUAUCCAUAGUAGUCAUGUACAUUAAAGCUAAGGUCAAGGGAAAAAUACUUUUUGAAUAAAGUGUGUGUGACCUCCAUAGAAAAGGAGGUCAACAUACUAGAAAGGUCUCGUUUUUAAGAUCUUUGAAUAUUUGUCUGAAAAUCCUGUAUUAACAUCUGUAAAACUGCCAUAAUGACUCAGGCUUUUACUUUGUAUUUACUUUGAAAACCAUUGCAUCAAAAGACACAGUUCUGAUUUCAGUUGAAUUUUCAUUUCUGGAUAUGGAAAAUAAAAAGUCAUACGGUAAA